CUUCAGUCUUUGGAGAUCUGUCGGAUCCUGCAGAACUGUUGUUGUACCCAUUCUUGCGCUAGCAAUUAUACAAUAGGCGAUAUAAAUCUACAGUGCCUCAGCGGGACGAGUGUUAGUCGACGGUGUGUUGCGGUAGUCCAAAGCUCGAAUCACAGACCAGAUGAAGAUCCAGGGAUUGCUUUUGGUAGUGCUGGUGCUGAUUCCGGUCUGCUUGGCUUCGCCCGGGGUCGGAGAAUUUUUCGAGAAACUUUUUGGAGUUUUCCAUCCGGAAGGUAUCAACGUGACCGAUGCGCCUGGCAAUGGAACGGAAUCUGCCGAGAACACUACGGAGCUGGAAGGCGUAACGGAAACUGUGACAACUGAGUUCGACAACGAAACAGAAGUGUACAAUGUAAAACUGACAGGUGUGAAAGUGGAGAGUCUUGUGGAAGCGGAUGAAGUUACAACUGCUGAGGCCACAACCGUCGAUGAUACGACGCUGGAAGUUGAACAUAGCAGUUCGACCGCUUCGACAACUACAACGACCGUAGUUUACAAGCUGUUCCAUCCUAAUACGACUACGGAUUCAACUGCGACAACUGAAUCCUCAACAACGGUUUCUUCUACAGCUGGAUCAUCGACUUCGGCUUCUUCGACAACUACGUUGUCUACAAAUGCUACGACAAGUUCGGCUUCCUCAACUGCUGAAUCAUCGACUUCUGCUCCGUCAACCACUGCGUCAUCGUCUGACGUUUCGACUUCAACAGUUUCUCUAACAGCCACCAACACGACCUAUGAGACCACCGUAUCCAACCCAACCUCUACCUCUUCACCGCCACCAGUUACGCCGGAAGGACAAUCCACUACGUUGACCACGCCCCUAGCGGUUUCCUCCACAAUCGUUGACAACACACUUUGCAAAACCACCUACAAUUCGGCAACCAACCUGAAGAUAACAUCCUGUGCGACAUCGGCGACAACCACCAAGAGCGAGCGAAAAAGGUCCGUCGAUAGUGACGACUUUGAACCCGUGGCAACUUGGUGAUGCAGGUAGUGCACUCACCGGAUCACGUGGGACUUCCUUCGAGCCGGACAAUUGAAGAGAUGAUGAUGCGGGUGUUUUCGAGUGCGAUGAAUCGGCGCUACGAUAAUUAUUUAGCGCUUUCCGUAGAUUAGGUGUGAAAUGCGCGGGGAUUUGGAGACGAGAGGUGCGAGUGAUUGUGACGAUGAUGUUUAGAGAAGUAGCUAGAUUUUACGUGUGAAUGUUAUCUGUUAUAUUUAGCAUAAAUAAAGCAAAUGCGUUUGGUUUUAAACGUC